UGCUGCUCUUCUCUCAAGGCGCGGUUCCACUCGCACGGCCAAUUUUCAAUAUUAAAAUACCCACGAUAUUAUAACGAAAAUCGAUUUAUUAUUUCGGAAGGUGGUAAUCGAUUCGGGGAUGGUCGUGAGAGGAGCUGAAGAGAGUUAAGUGCCAGAGUGCAGUCAGUCCUGGAGCCUUUCUUCCCUGCCCCUCCAGACCUUUCCCCCAUCCGAGCUGCUGUCUUGUACCUUUUGCCUUUGGACCUAAAACGCACUCAGUCCUGAAGACACAUAUAUACGCUUUUAGACACCUCACCGCCACCCCCAACUUACCAGGAUGAUCACCUCAGAGCUCCCCGUCCUACAGGACUCAUCCAAUGAGUCUGGGGCAACAGAUGCAGUGGGCUUAAGUAUGAGCAUCGGUGAGAUAGAAGAUCCAGAGGUGAAAGGAAAGAAGAAGAGAGGGAGGCCUGGAAAACAAACCCCGGCGGCCAAUAAGAAGCCCCGGAAGUCGCCGACAGACAAAGCUGUUGGCGUACCAAGAGGGCGAGGGAAAGCCAACGGUGUGGCUCAACAUAAUGGAGACGGUGGAGACCCCGUCACCCUGUUCGAAGUGGUCAAACAGGGCAAGAGUGCCAUGCAGUCUGUGGUUGAUGAAUGGAUCGAGUCGUAUAAACAGGACAGAGACUUGGCUCUGCUGGACCUCAUCAACUUUUUCAUCCAGUGCUCAGGUUGCAAAGGCACUGUGAGGAUUGAGAUGUUCAGGAACAUGCAGAACGCCGAGAUCAUCCGCAAGAUGACUGAGGAGUUUGAUGAGGACAGUGGUGAUUAUCCUCUCACCAUGCCCGGGCCAAUGUGGAAAAAGUUCCGCUACAACUUCUGCGAGUUCAUCAGCGUUUUGAUCCGCCAGUGUCAGUACAGCAUCAUCUACGACGAGUACAUGAUGGACACAGUGAUCUCCCUCCUCACCGGACUGUCCGACUCCCAAGUCCGAGCCUUCAGACACACAUCCACAUUAGCAGCGAUGAAGCUCAUGACGGCGCUGGUGAACGUGGCGCUGAACCUGAGCAUCCACCAGGACAACACCCAGAGACAGUACGAGGCUGAGAGGAACAAGAUAGCCGGCAAACGAGCCAACGAGAAGCUGGAACUGCUGCUUCAGAAAAGGAAGGAGCUUCAAGAAAACCAAGAUGAGAUUGAGAAUAUGAUGAACUCCAUCUUCAAAGGCAUCUUUGUGCAUCGCUACAGAGACGCAAUUGCUGAGAUCAGAGCCAUCUGUAUUGAGGAGAUAGGAGUAUGGAUGAAGAUGUACAGCGAUGCUUUCCUUAAUGAUAGUUACCUGAAAUAUGUUGGUUGGACACUACAUGAUAGGCAAGGAGAGGUGCGUCUGAAGUGUCUGAAGGCUCUGCAGAAUCUGUACACAAACCGGGAAUUGUUCCCUAAGCUAGAACUUUUCACCAACCGCUUCAAGGACCGUAUAGUAUCAAUGACACUGGAUAAGGAGUAUGAUGUGGCUGUGGAGGCCAUCAGACUGGUCACACUCAUUCUGCAGGGCAGUGAAGACGCUUUGUCCAAUGAGGACUGUGAGAAUGUGUACCACCUGGUUUACUCUGCCCACCGGCCAGUGGCUGUCGCUGCUGGAGAGUUCCUGCACAGGAAAUUGUUCAGUCGUCACGAUCCCCAGGCAGAAGAAGCGUUGGCAAAGCGCAGAGGGAGAAGCAGUCCCAACGGAAAUCUCAUCCGCAUGCUAGUGCUCUUCUUUCUGGAGAGUGAGCUCCAUGAGCAUGCAGCCUAUCUGGUGGACUCGUUGUGGGAAAGUUCUCAAGAGCUGCUGAAAGACUGGGAAUGCAUGGCUGAACUUCUGCUGGAGGAGCCUGUGCAGGGAGAGGAGUUGUUGUCUGACAGACAGGAGAGUGCACUGAUAGAACUGAUGGUUUGCACCAUCCGGCAGGCAGCAGAGGCACACCCGCCUGUUGGGAGAGGGACCGGCAAACGGGUGCUGACAGCAAAGGAGAGGAAGACCCAGAUCGACGAUAAGAAUAAACUGACUGAGCAUUUCAUCAUGGCUCUGCCCAUGCUGUUAUCCAAGUACCAGGUAGACUCAGAGAAGGUAGCCAACCUGCUCCAGAUCCCCCAAUUCUUCGACCUGGACGUGUACAGCGCUGGGCGUAUGGAGAAGCACCUGGACGCCUUACUGAAGCAGAUCCGGCUCGUGGUGGAGAAACACAUCGAGAUGGACGUGCUCGAAGCGUGCAGUAAGACCUACAGCAUCCUCUGCUCUGAAGAAUACACCAUCAUGAACCGCGUGGACAUCGCCCGCUCGCAGCUCAUCGACGAGAUGAGCGAUCGCUUUACACACUCUGUGGAAGAGCUGCUGCAGGAGGCUGAGGAGGCUGAUGAUGACGAUAUCUACAACGUUUUAUCUACUCUCAAGAGACUCACAGCCUUCCACAACGCCCAUGACUUGACGCGGUGGGAUUUGUUCGGGAACUGCUACCGGCUGCUGAAGGCCGGUAUCGAGCAGGGCUCCAUGCCAGAGCAGAUAGCCGUCCAGGCCCUGCAGUGCUCCCACUACUCUAUCCUCUGGCAGCUGGUCAAGAUCACAGAAGGGGCUCCCAGCAAGGAUGACCUGGUGGCUCUCAGGAGAGUAGUGAAGUCUUUCCUGGCUGUGUGCCAGCAGUGCCUGUCCAACGUCAACACACCAGUCAAAGAACAAGCGUUCAUGCUUCUCUGCGACCUGUUGAUGAUCUUCAGUCACCAGCUGGUCUCUGGCGGUAGGGAGGGCCUCCAGCCACUGGUCUUCAACCCAGACAGCACUCUGCAGAACGAGCUGCUCAACUUCGUCCUGGACCACGUCUUCAUCGACCAGGAUGAUGAGAGCCAGAGCAUGGAAGGAGACGAGGAGGAUGAGGCCAACAAGAUCGAGGCUCUCCACAAGAGGAGAAACCUGCUAGCUGCUUUCUGUAAACUCAUCAUCUAUGACAUCGUAGACAUGCCCGCUGCUGCCGACAUCUUCAAACACUACAUGAAGUACUAUAAUGAUUACGGUGACAUCAUCAAGGAGACUCUGAGUAAAACCAGACAAACGGACAAGAUUCUCUGUGCCAAGACUCUCAUCCUCAGUCUGCAGCAGCUGUUCAACGAGCUGCUGCAGGAUCAGGGUCCCAACCUGGACCGAACAUCAUCUCAUGUGAGUGGCAUCAAGGAGCUGGCCCGACGCUUCGCCCUCACCUUCGGCCUGGAUCAGAUCAAAACCAGAGAGGCCGUCGCCACACUGCACAAGGAUGGAAUAGAGUUUGCAUUUAAGUACCAGAAUCCUCGGGGUCCAGAGUUUCCUCCGAUCAACCUGGCUUUCCUGGAGGUCUUGAGUGAAUUCUCCUCCAAACUAAUCCGCCAAGAUAAAAAGACAGUCCACUCGUAUCUGGAGAAGUUCAUGUCGGAGUCGAUGUCGGAGCGUCGGGAGGACGUGUGGCUGCCGCUGAUCUCCUACAGGAACAGCCUGCUGACGGGAGGAGACGAGGACCACAUGUCUGUCACGUCGGGCUCCAGCAGCAAGACCGGCUCAGUCCGCAGCAAGAAGGGACGACCGCCAAUACACAAGAAACGCAUCGAGGAGGAGAGUAGUGUGGAGGGCUCGUGGCUGAUGCGUAAUGACACCUUACAAACACCGGGGGCGCUGCAGACUCCUCAGCUCACCUCGACAGUCCUCCGAGAGAACAGACCAGCUGAACACUUGCCAGACCCCGACUCAGAACCCGGAUCAGAGAACGACUUUGUACACAAUCCUCAGAUGCAGAUGUCGUGGCUCGGCCAGCAGAAGAUGGAUGAGGUGAGCAGGAAGGACCGGACGGCCUUGAACUACAUCAAGUCACGCAGCAAUCAGGGUGUCCGGCAGACUGUGCGCGGGCUGAUGGAGGAUGACGCAGAGCCGAUCUUCGAGGACGUGAUGAUGUCAUCGCGAGGUCAGCUGGAGGACAUGAACGAGGAAUUCGAAGACACUAUGGUGAUCGACCUGCCGCCAUCAAGGAACAGACGUGAAAGGGCAGAAUUAAGACCGGACUUCUUUGACUCUGCAGCGAUGAUUGAGGACGAGUCGGGAUUCAGCAUGCCCAUGUUCUGAUCUGGGGAAGAGGCAAAAAGAUCCUAAGAUCAGGAUCCAAAUCAGGACUAAACAAAAGAGAGGUUUUGGGCCGUCUAACCCAGAUCACCUGCCAAUCACACUCUUAAGAAGAAGAAAAAAAACAUUGUCGAAGUACUUUUCUCUUUCUGUAAGACACGAUGGAAGGAUAUUUGUCAAGCGGGAUCUGCUGAUGGAUCCCGCGUCGGUUGGAAGCGUGGAGUUGAGGAUCCGCUCUGUUUCUUUCAGGUUGGGCCAGAGGAUCCAGAAUCUAGUACAGAUUAUUCAGGAGCUUCACCCCGCUCCUCUUCUUCUUCCUCCUCCUCCUCCUCCUCCUCCGCCUCCUGUCGGUUUAGCUCUGAUGGCGCUCUUGCCAAGUGAUCCUGCAGCCCCAGGCCGACGAGUACCUGCAGUUUUUAUGGUUCCCUGUUACACAGAUGUACAGUUGUUUGGUUUCGCUCCUUAUCAGCAGCACAGAGCAGCGUAACACUCUGUACAGCCCCUUCCAACCCCCCCCACACCCCCACCCCUCCCCACACACACACACACACACACACCCUUCCUUUGUUGUCGCACUUCGAUCCGUCUGGUUAAAUCCGACAUAAAGUGGAUCUCAACACUAAAUGUUCUAUAUCUUUGCUCUUAUUACCACCCCCCCCUCACCCCCUCCUCUUUUCUCUCCUCUCUCUGUU